UCCUGUAACUUUAUUCGUCCACCACUGCUACCAACCCACGUCCACUGAUAUAACCGUGUCUCUGACAUACGUCAUUUCCGGGCAACAAGGCUUCCAUUAAGGUAUUACUUACUUUAUAAGUGUUUUCAAUUCACAACUUGACACAUUACUGUUUUGCUCUGUGGUAUAAAGAAGACACAUCACCAUGAAGCUGGUUUGGGUAUUGGUUUGGAUAUUAAUGGAUUAUCUCACACAAACAUCUGUAGUUGGUCAAACGACCAUGAUUUCAAGAUAUGAGUUGACUUUUCCGGUUUGUACCAGCUCUACCUGUGACUCAACUGGUUGUGGUAACCCAUUUGGUGUACCUGUAUCACCAUGUAGCUGCGAUUAUGGCUGUGAAUUCUUCGGUGAUUGUUGUAUAGAUUACACCUAUUGCAAGCAGGGAACUCCAGGCGGAUCGAUGACUUCUGAAGAAAACAAACCAAGCGUUUUUCAAGAUACAUUGAGAUUUUAUGAUAGAUCUCAGAUAACCUGUGUGAGCCUGCCUAAAGAGAAGAAUCAUUAUUUGAUGGUGUCAUCUUGUCCUGUUGAUAUCACAGGAAACGGUCUCGAUAAGACGAAGUGCGAAUCUGACUAUCACGAGAAGUCAAAUAUCGAUUUUGACAAUCUUCCAGUUUCUGACGGACUGUUCAGUUACAAAAAUGUCUAUUGUGCGUUAUGUAACGGUUUGAACCUGAAUGAGAUCACUGUUUGGGAACUGGGGCUGCUUUGCCCCGAGAGCCUAACAGCCAUGGUAUCGUCUGGAAAUGCUUCUCUAUCGGACUUGUUGGCAAGUGGUGAAUGCACGUCAUCCAUUCAACCUCCAAAGGAUUCGCCUCCAUCUGUUGUAAGGAAAUGUUUGACAUCAGAGGUCAUAAGUGAUUGUCCAACAGGCUCCGAUCAAAAUGUUAGUGUAUUGUGCCAAUCUUACCAGGACUUUGUCAGAGGUGAGAACGGCACAACAUUUAAAAACCCCUACUGCAAAUUGUGCAACACAUUUCCCGGUAUUACUUUUGCUGAAUGUCAAGGACAAGUUGGAGAUAUCUGUUUGGCAGCAACUGCAACAACUUCCGCACCUCCCGAAGCCGUACAGCCAACAAAACCCACCCCAAGGAGAGGAAACCCGAAGCCGGUAACUCCAACAUUGAGUGGGGAUCGAGGGAUUCUCAAUCCCGAUAGUGGAAAUGCUCUUCAGCCCUUAUCUAUUGUCAUGGACUUUUCCAGGAACAGUCGAGUUCAGGUUGUCCACUCAGCAGACGUCAUCAAGGAAGUAGAAAUUUCCUGCCAGAGUUGGGAGGUUUUUGAUCCUUUCGUUCAACAAUGCUUGACAUUAUCUUGCCCAAAUGGAUAUGAAUUACGAGACAACGAAUGUCACAGGCUAACUCCUCCCCUAAAUCUUACUUGUGGUUCAUAUGACUCUGAUCUUAUGUUGACAGUUUCAGCUAAAGUUGGUCUCAGAAAUCCUCUGGAUAUUACGAACUGCAACUCAAAUGAGCUGGAUAGGAAUAUCACCCUUUACGUUGAACACAUGUUAAAUCUUCCUUUAGGAAAACUGACACCUCUUGAUGGAUCGAAAAAUGGUGGUAAUGACGAUUUCAAUUUGAUGUCCGAGGAUAAAUGCCUGUCUCUUUUCAAUAAUUCUUUUAGAAUGGAUUAUGAGAUUGAAGAAACGUCUCUAACAUUUGCACAGCUCGAAGAACUUACAGAUAAAACACUCCUUCAACACGCUCCAUAUAAUGACGCUUCAGAGUAUCAUGUGUGGUCUUUAACUAUUUCCCAGCAAUGCAUUUCUAUUUUAGGUUUGAGCGAAUGUCCAGGUGGACUCAAGCUUCUUACAAAUCCAAACGUAUCGCAUGUGCAAAACUAUACUGUUGUACAAGAUGAAAACACUGGUAUGAUCUAUCAUUCAUAUGAAACUGUUUUCGCAGCUUCCUAUCAAAGUAGUUCUUCGGUUUCUUCAAUUAAUUAUAACAAGUCUUUAAACAUCCAAGUAUGUGAUCAGAUGAAACUGCGGACAUGUUCUCGAAUUACCCAACCAGCCAGUAUAUUUUCGCCGUUAGACGAUUUGAGCCUCAACAACACUUUGACAGGACAAAUACUAGGCUUCGAUGACUACGUACUUACUUCCAACGGCAGCGUCCAGUACUGUGCUCCAGAGAACUUUGGAAGAAACGCCACUCUCAACCAAACGACUGAAGUCCGCAUAUUCGAUUACGACGAAGCACAGGUGAUUCUCAGCUUUGUAGGAGUUAGCAUAUCUCUCUUUUCCCUCAUGAUUACAUUUGCUACUUAUUGCAUCUUUCCUCACAUGCGACGAUGUGUAAGCAACAAACUCAUCAUGGUAUUGUGCGUGAUCCUUUUCCUGGCACAGCUUCUGCAGAUGAUAAGUGGACUUUGGACAUCUGUUCCUGAACUCUGUACGUCUCUAUCAGCUGUUUCACAUUUCUUGUGGAUUAGUGUGUUUGCCAUAACCACUUGUCUGGCUUUCGAACUAAAUCGGACCCUUGCAUCGCGUGAUAGCUUUACGGUAUCAACAAACAGUACGAGGGCUAUCGUGUCCUACUUGCUCUUUACCGUACUAACUGCAUCCAUCAUUGUCGGUUGUUGCUUGGCUAUCCACUUUACAGUUGGAGAGGAUCUUAAUUUCUCCUAUGGAAAUGAUAACGUCUGUUGGAUUGUCAAUCAUGCGGCCAAUCUCAUUGCAUUUGGAUGUCCUCUGGGUGUAUUUCUUAUCAUCAAUACAAUUCUGUUUCUUCAUACUGUAGCUGGGAUCAGGAACGCAUCCAAAGUAAGAAGGAGUAUGGUUGUCGAAAGCGAGAGCAUCAAGCAUUCUGCUAAAGAUCUCCGUGUGUAUCUAAAGAUCUCAACACUCUUGGGAUUCACCUGGUCCUUCGGAUUCAUUGCCGGCUUUGCAAACAUCAGUGCUCUCUGGUAUAUCUUCAUCAUCUUGAAUUCACUCCAAGGUUUCUACAUCUUUCUUGCUUUCAUCGCUAACGGUCGUGUCUAUUCUAUGUGGGCUACUUGUUUGUGUCAUUGUAAUACCUCACUUCAUAGGUACUCUCGUGGAAGCUCAUCGAUACCGUUCAGUCAGAGGAUGUCACGAAUGACAUCGGUAUCAUCGCUUCCGAGAACAUCCGAGUAUAAUUCGAACAAAGACAGCAGGAUAUAUUCCGGUGAGAAAGGCGCAAGUAACCAGCGCUACUCGACUGCAAAUCAAAAAUUGAAGAACGAUCGGAUGUCUUCGGGUGGAGAUCAAUCGGAGACGAAGAGUGAUCGGGGAUCUCCGUCUGGUAUUCGGAGGUAUUCGCACGGGGAAUGGAAGUACGCUGGGGAGCGAAAACAAUCAGGAGAUCGAAAAUACCAGACAGCUAGUGACUGGAGAAAUGUUAGCGCUGGUAAAAGCCUAAAGCAAUAAUAUAUCUGCAUGCAUUGUCUGAUAACUAGCAGGCUUGUAAGGACGUUGGAGUUGUUGCUCUACUUAUCUUAAACAAGGAAAAUGAUGAGAUCUAUACAUGGACGCCAUUAUAGUACCCUAUCAUAGUUUGGAUUGAUCACAGUACUAUUAACAAGAAAAUUGACUGUUUUCCAUCUUGAUAUUUUGAAUGAAACGCAACUUAAAGACAUUUGUUUAAUUGGCUGCCUGCCAUACCAUCAGAUGAAACUGACAAAGGUCUUGAUACACGGGUUACUGUUCAACAAACAGAGUGGUGCGUCAAAUGAACAUUCUGACUGUGUGCUAAAAGGCUGGGAGUUCUGUAUUGGCAAUGAGUUUCGUAGAAUUGUGGAAAAUGCAAGCUUUACUUGUAACAAUAAAUUUUUUACUCUUUAGUAGACCCUCCCUUCAGAAUUGUACUAACAUCCACGUUCAUGAGGUUUGGAUAUCUGCAUGAAAUGCAAAAUGUGUGUCAAUAUAACUUACGGAGUAUGAUGAUCUGUGUCUUAAGUGCCAGCUUCAAAGUUGAAGAUAGCCCCCCCCCCCCCCCCAGAAAAAAACUUUCACGACCAAGAAAAAAUAAUGAGGAAAUGAAAGACAGAAGGGUAAAAUAUGAUAUUAUUUUCUGAACAUUAUGUCAAAAUCUUUUACAAAAUUUGAUUUUUGUAAUAAAGAUAUCAAAAUUUUUGCUGGCUCGCUCGCAACUUUUAACAAAUUUUGUCCGAUACGCUACAUCUUGACCCCCCUCUAAAUUUUUUGGCUCAUUACUCCACUGUUUCCAAAGUUAAACAUAAAUUGUGUUACAAAUUAUGAAAGCGCAAUGUUAAUGAAACCCGACAGCGUGUAAUCAAAGGAUACUUUAUUUGUAUAUAAAUUGACACCAUGAUCUCAUGUGGCAUGUAUUUUUAUAAGGUAUCACUUUCAUUCUCGUCAGUAGUCAAAGCCUAUAAAUGACGGGUCUCAUAAAUGACCUAAUGCCAUCGAUUUAUAAUGAACUAUUGCAGUGAACAGUGAGUGUAAGUAAGAUUAUACCAAUUUCCGCCUUUGAUAUACGUCAAUGGAAUCACUUUCCUGUAAAAAUGCAAUAUGCUGAAAUCAUUGUGUAUGAAAGGGUUUUUACAGUUCUUGAUUCACAUGGAUGUUCCAUAUUGUCUGCUUUACUGUGUAUUGCUUCAAAUCAACCAUUCAGCAUCUAAAAGGUUGAAAGUUAAUAAUGUGAAAAUAUCCACAAUUAUGUGAUAAUCCUACAUGAGAGUUAAACUGUGGGAGUAUUAUAUCACAAAUAAUCAUUUUCACCUAAAUAUUAAUUGGAAAGUAAUAUUUGUCACUAGAAAUAUGUCUCUGCAUAUAAUAUUCAGUUCGUUUUCGUAUGUAAACCAAUAAUCAAAAAAGAAAAAUGAUGGAAUGAAAUCACCUACUCGCUCCUUGUAUACAGUAUUGUCAUAGAUAGGCCAAAGUACAUGACCAAGUACCCUUAAACGUUGCCACACACACACUCACACACCCUCUCACACACCAGAUUGUACAGUGUGCAAAGCAGAUGGUUUUGGUAAUUGUGUUGCCCAUCCCUCCCCCUCCCAUAUCAAAAAUGUCUGAACGCGGUAUUUUUCUGUUGCAAUUGAAAAGUUUUUUUCGCCGACAACAGCAUAGGAAAUCAUUCAAAGACACGGUUAGAAACAUCCUCCUGAGCCCCCUUUCUCCAUGUUUUCCUAAAAACGUAACAUGUUCUAUGCGCCCCCCCCCCCCUUAGUCUUCCAUAUAACUAUGAUUUAUCGCUAUAGUCGUAACAAGGCCUAUAUUAUAAAACCGACAUCAUUUCGGCCACCCAUUCUCUACAAUAAAAAGUACUAUGUGGCAUACCUGUAUACUUUUUCUAUGAUUGUUACAAAUUUCACAAAGGGCUGGGGUCUUUUUUCUGUUUACACCUUCGUGAUGUUUAACUUGUUUAAUGACACUUUAUUUAAAAAGGGGUUCAUUUAGCUGGUAUGGUAAAGAAGUAAAGGUUAUAGGACAUUUUUCCCUAGUCCUCAUGUACAAGGAGGAAGAAAGGAAAUAACAGUAUCAAACAGAUGGUUCUGGAUCAUGUAACUCGAUAUCCUUGGUUAUUCAAUCAUGUCAGUUGAAAAAAAAUGACAUAACCUUCACCUCACCUUGUCACCCCCCCCCCCCCCCCCCCCCCAUCAAAAUACUAUGACGCCGCUCCUAAGUCUUUUUGACAUAUUGCAGAAAUAGGGUUGCUCCAGCAAAAUUCAAAAAUGGUAUGUCGGUAAGAACAAUAUGUUUCCAAAAAUAGUUGGAAAUGUAGAUCAGAGGUGAAUGUAGAAAAUAGGUGGAAUAGGAAUACUAGUAAUUCUUGGUUGUGGGAUGAUCAUGUCAUGGCGACGUGAUCACAUCUUUGAAUAUAAUAAUAAUAAUAGUCAGUUCUUGUAUAGCGCAUAACACAGUAUGAAUAACGUCUCUAUGCGCUUCCAAAGGACUUGGAUAUUAUUACCCUGGCUCUAGCUCAAGCAGCUUUUACGCGCUCGGCAUUUCAAGGAAUAAAUUCCUGCCAGGUACUCAUUCACCUCACCUGGGUUGAGUGCAGCACAAUGUGGAUUAAUUUCUUGCCGAAGGAAACUACGCCAUGGCUAAAAUAUAAAGUGACAAUACCGAGAUAUUCAUAUCAAGCGUUACCUGAUUUAAUUAUUUCUGCAUUCCACAUCAUGCUUAUUUGUUUACAAAAGAAGGAAAAUAAUAAUUGUCAAAGUCAAUUUGAAAAGAUGCCGAUUUGAUAUAAUAACAUUGAUCAACAUAUAUUUCGACUAUAGAAAGAAAAUCAUAAACAUAACUGGUAGUAUAAGCUUAUACAUAUUUUUGCAUACGCCCAUCUUUGAUAAUACUGAGCAUAGCCUCAAUGUUUCAUAACAGUUGAUUUUUCAAACGUUGCAAUAGCAUACGUGGGGACAGAAAUAGAUGUCAAAAAAGCAAGAGGGUCUCUCUUAUCUCACACGGUAAAAAUACUGAUUUUUUGGGGGGGGUCAAAAUACUGAUUUUGGGGGAUAAGAAUACUGAAAAUGCAAAAUACAACUUGGCAGCUCAUGGGAGGACGUUUCUAAUGCUUUGCCAGGUAAUAAAGAUAUAUGCAAAAAUUAAUUGCAGUUUUAUAGAAAUUGAAUAACUUUUGUUCAUUAAAUCAUAUUAAACGAUUGUGCCAAAUUAUGUACAUGUAAAUAAAUAUAUAUUUCCCGGCAUAACAGGUGGUCAUUCAGCGCAGUUUGGUAGAUUAUUGUUGUCAUUAUUGUUUGUAUCAAUACGAUGUGCAUUUCCCAAUUCUUGAUUUGAGGAGGAGGAAGAAAAAGAAGAAUAGGGAAAAGGAAGAAGAGAGGAUGAAUAUUCAAGUCAUGUAAAUAUCAUUACAG